AUGGCGACCAGAGACUCCAGCGGUAGUUUCGUGACCAAGGACACCACUGGGACCUUGAGCGAGGCCGUGCGUGAGCACCUGCGGAAGCUGUGUCUCCACGAAUUCCCGUGUGGCACGGGUAGCUGGAAUAAGUCACGCUUUCUUCCUCGAACAUGGCACACCUGGAGGGAAAUGGUCCCAAAGGAGGAGGAGACAGUGAGUGCAGGAGAGGAGACUGUGGAGGCGCUACUGGGCCUCGUGCGAAGCCGCCACUCUCCUUGGGCCAUGCUGAAGGACUCCAGUGCCGAGGACUGUUUCCUGAGAGAACUGGCCAUCCGGAAUCCUCAGAUGAUCAAAGACACUUUCUUCUACUCCUACUUCCGGUCCCUGAGGGUAGUGGACAAGGGGGUGACUCUAGUGGAUAAAGACCUCUUGAAGUUUCUAAAGCUCGAGGAGUUGGUUCUGUGUGCCAAUAAAAUUGAGGAAAUCGAUGCAAACAAUCUACCCCCAACAUUGAAGGUGCUGGAGCUCUAUGGCAACCUGAUCAGCAGCAUGGAGUGUCUGUGCUCCCCUCCACCACCGAACUUGCAGCACCUGGGGCUAGGCCACAACAAACUACUGGGCCCCUUGGAGAGUCUGUACAUCACCUCCGACAACUGGCACAAACUCGUCUCCCUGGACCUGAGCUUCAACGACUUGACAGACCUGCAGAGCAUGAUAGCCGGUCUCAGCACCCUGAGGCACCUGCGGCUGCUGGUCCUGCAGGGGAACCCACUGGCCCUCGUGCCUUACUACCGAGGCUUUACCGUGGACAGCCUGGCACGCCUGUGUGUGCUGGAUGACAUCACCGUGUCCCCCAAUGAGAAGCACCAGUUCCGGGGACUCAGCGUUCAAGGUGACCUGCUACCUCACGAGGCACAGUUUGUGGUCACCAUUGGAAACAUCAGGGGAGUUAUGGACACCUCUGUGUUUGACCCAGAGCCAGGACCUGACGGCCCUUUCAUCACCUACAACUAUUAUGUGACCUAUGACUUUGUGGAAGAUUUGGAUACCGUAAGGAAUGUGUUUGCCAGUGCCCUGGGGGAGACCCAUCGUGACAGUGUUCCGACUGAGCCUUCUCCUACCGCGGAUCGUUUAGAAGAGGAGGGUCCUGAGAAGUAUGACCAACCAGAGGAUCUGCUGGAUACAGAGCCCCAGCACCCGGGUCACCCGGGUCGCCCAAGUCGCCAAAGCCGCCAGGGCCAGCAGAGGCUUCACCCAGAGUCUCCUGAGGGCAUAUCCAAGGAGUUGUCUGAGUUUAUAGCUCAGGAGAUGGAUCGGAUGGCCCAGGGCUCUGAAGAGUCUAUGAUAACAGAUACGGAGGAGUCGGAGACCACCAUUUCCCUCCGCUCGCCCCUGAUGCCUCAGUCAGUUACCUCCUCAGAGGAGCUGUCCAAGCUGCGGCCACGGAUAGACAUCCGGCUCUGUCCAUCCCCAGGGACAGUCCUGUUCAGCACCGCGCACAAGCCUUGGACAGAUGUCAUUCCUUGCAACUAUGAGAUGACGCACACUCUGAAGGAGCUGGUGCGGGUCAAGGCCUUCCUGCUGACAGGGACCAUUGUCACCAUCGUGGAGGAGAAGAUCCUCUCCUGGCCUGUGCUGUCAACUCCUGUUGAGGUUUCCUUGCCUGCCAAAAAGGGGAAAGGAGACCAGAAGAAGGGAGACAAGAAGGAAAAAAAGGGGCUCAAGAAGAAAAAGGAGGCACCCAGGGAGCUGCGGCAGGACCCGCCUGUGCUACGCGUGCUGGGGAGCGGCCCGGUGUACCUGGAGCCCUUGCUGGCAGGGGAGACGCUGGUGUCCACUGUGUGCAAUUUUGGGGUGGUCCGCACCCUGCAGUCCGACAGGCUGACACAGGCCAGGGAUUCAAAGAAAACAAAGAAAGGUGCCAAAAAAGAGAGGUCCAAACCGGCGACUCCAAUCAUCGAAAACGUGGAACAGCUGGAGCCCUUGACAGUGGAGAUCCAGAUCCAGCUGCAGCAGUACCGAACGGUGGAGGAAGUACUCCUCGGCAUGGCUGACUAGCGGGGAGAGUAAAGGUUCCUCCGCGGGCCCGCGCUUGAGAGUCUGUGGGGCCGCCCGUCGGGGGAGGGGCGUGGCGCGGGCCGCCCAGCGGGC